AUGAUUGGCCAAGCUGAGCUCAAUAUUGCCUUUAGCCAAUCCUUGUCGGCCGAUAGUUCUGCAGCGCCCCCUAGCUAUCUCCUCCGCUUUGCGCCGCCUUCCAGCAACCACUUCCGAACACGGAUUGGGUAACCUGGCCUUCGUCCCUACGCAGACGCAAAGGGGAAAAAAUAAUAUCGCGCUGCCCCUCGAGGUGCGGAUUGGACGAAAGCAGGGAGGCGGGUUCGAGCGCGGAGCUGGACACAGCCUGCGAUUGGGCCAGGGCUUUCUCGCGCGGGCGAGCUAAGCGAGAUCGAGGAGCCCCCGCCCCCUGGCCUUUCGUCCGUCGCAGGGGAAGACGGGAAGAGAAGGGCCGCGACGUGAGCGCGCGACUCCCGGCGCCAUUUUGUUUGGGAACCAGCGGAGGAGGUAGCUAGAGAAGCGCGAGCGGCUCAGCCAGGCGCCCGCCCCGGCCCCGAGACCCUCGCCCCCGGCCCGCCCCAGGUGAGAACCGCGCCGUUCGCUCCAGGCGGCAAGGCCGGCGCUGGCGGAAGCCACCGGGAGGCCGAGCGGUAUUGGCGGUAGCGGUGGGCGGCCUGCGUCCCGCGUUUCUCCCGGCGUAGCCGGCGCUGAAGCGCUAAGCAAAGGAGUGGUGAGCUGGGCCUGCCCGUAGCUCGCCUGUCCCUGCACGUGUUGUCCCCUGUGGUGGGGCGAGGAGGCCUCCCGGAAACCCCCUACCCCUCUCUCCCUCCUUCCCCUCUUGCGCCCCGAAGGCGAGUCCGGCCGCGGAAUAAAUAAAAGCCGAGGGUCGCUCGCGGCAACGGCGGGCUCCUGCCUGCCCCCAGGAGACCGUCCCAAUUGGGCCGCCGAGAAAUGGUGAGGGGCCCUGUCCGCUCCGUUGGCCUGCCCUGCCCGCCCUCCGAAGCCGGAAGUGACUUGGGCCAUUACUUGUGGGAGCGAACGAGGCGGGUCGGGAAGCGUUGUUGCUUGUUCAGAGGCUUUAGUUAAUCCAUGUCGAGGCGCCUGCCAGCCCCAGGUGUGCGCCGCCCUCGGGCUUCCUCAGCCGCUCCCGAAUCGUCUUGUAGGAUACCCGUCAGAGGCUGCUACAAUACAGGCGGAGAAAGAGCUUAAUUCCCGUUUUUUCCUCCUAUCUCUGAUCCACGACGGACUUGAAUCUGCUUAUAGGAGCUAUAUCUGUUUCAAACGUCCUAUAAACAUCCUUACUUUACCGGGGAUAGGCGGGGAGGUAGUGGGAUCUUAUUUCUGGCAAAAGUCUGUGGUCUGGUGCCAGUUUGGCCGGGCUUCUUUUGGCAGGUGAGACAGGCACUGGAAUAAUGCUUUCUGGUAACUUGAAGAAUGAUUUAUUUGUCUUCAUAUUACAGAACUGAAACCAUUAUCUUUUCAUGUGAACCGCAUGGUUUCACCUAUAUGGGCUUGGACUUUUCUUGUCCCAAAAAAAAGUGAUCUAAAGUGUUGUUAAUAAGAAAAUAACUAAGCAUAUGGGAGAACAAGACUUACUGAAGUAGAGCCUGCAUAGCUUCUGCAAAGACAGCUCUUGUCUUAUGAAGCUAUUAAGAGUUCUUUGAGAAUGUCAAUAAACAUAGUUAGAGGUGAUCUUCUUACAGUACUUGCAUUUCAAAAAGCUUAUGACAAGUUGCCCCACCAAAGAUUCCCAAGUAAGCUUAGCAGUUAUGGUAUAAGAGGAAUUGGUUAAUAGGAAGCAAACAGUAGGAAUAAACGGAAGGUUGUCUGAAUGGAGAGCUGUAGAAAGUGGAGUUUUCCAAGGAUUGAUACUGUGCCUUUUAACUUGUUCAUAGAGGAUCUAGAGAUAGGGGUGAGCAAUGAGGUGCCCAAAGGAUUUUCAAGAGCUUCAAAAAAUAUUCUCUAAACUGAGUGAAUGGACUGUAAAAUGGCAAAUGCAAUUCAGUGUGUAGAAAGUGUGAGGAGAUGCAUGCAAAAAAUAAUAAUGCAUCUAUGCUCAUGGAGUCUGAACUGGCAGUGACUGACCAGGAAUAAGCCAUUGGGGUCAUAGUAGGUAACUCAAUGAGGAUGUCUACCCCAGUGUGCAGCAGCUGUGGAAAAGGCAUACUAGGGCAGAAAAAAUAAAAUAAAACUUUCAGUAUCAUAGCGCAAUUAUACAAAUAUAUGGUAUGAUAUGAUGGAAGUUUAUAAAAUUAUUCACAGCAUGGAUAAAGUGGGAAGAGAAAAGUUUUUCUCUCUGUGUCAUAGCAGAGUUCACUCAUGAACAUGCAGUGAAGCUUAGUGUUGGAAGAUUCAGGAUUGGCAAAAGGAAGUACAGUCAUACCUCAUGUUACGUUUCAUGUUAUGUUUUUUCAUGCUGCGUCCUGCGGCGAACCGGAAGUACCGGAAAGGGUUACUUCUGGGUUUCGCCGCUCGCGCAUGUGCACAAGUGCCAAAUCACACCGUGCACCUGCGCAGAUACGGCACUUUCAGGUUGUGGGCUUUUCAUGUUGCGAACAGGCCUCUGGAACAGAUCCCGUUCACAGCCAGAGGUACCACUGUAAUUCUUAACACAGUCCAUAGUUAAACUGAAACCUGCUCCUACUGGAGACUAAUGGCAACCCAUUUGAAUGGCUUUCAGUGGCUACUGGCCAUGAUAGCUGUGGUUUGGCUCAAGUUAGAGGCAAUAAUGGAUCCAACAACUUAGGCCUAAUUCUUGUGUAAAGGAGUGGAUUUAGCAGACCGAUGAAUUAGGAAGUUGCUGGUUCAAAUCUCACUUUACCAUGAAUUAGCUAGACCAUCUUGAGGAACAGCUCUUUCAGCUUUAGGAUCCCAAUCAAAUUCAGCAAAAGUAUUGGCUUCCUUUCCAGCACAAUUGUAGUUAGCUCUACCUUGUAAUCCUUGGUAGGUGGCAAACUUUAGUGCUAAGUUAUGUGAUUUUCGAGCUGUAUUCAGGAUGUUCCAUAUUUAACUCAUACAGGUUAAAGCAUUUAACAUCCGUCAACAUUGUACGUAGUUCCAUUUGUUCAACGUACACAACAGGUACUACUAACCUUUACCCUUGAUACUGCGUGUGAGGCAAUAAACUAAUAUGGGUGGGGCAGAAGCUGCUGCAUGCUCAUUUAGACAUUUCGAUCAGUUUAUGUUGGCUACUCAUGUUUUGUUUCCCACUUGUGUGCAAUUCUCAUCUUGCUCUCAUUUUUCAAGAAGCUCUUCCUUUCACCCUUCCUCCCCCUCCCCCUUUUGAAACAUUUAAAUUUGUUUUAUCUUACACAUCAUGAUUUUUUAUUUUAAUAUGCUGUUAGUUUUUGAGAAUACUAAGCUACUCAAUUCUGCCUUUUAGAUAAUUAGAUUUAUAUAUUUAUUUAAGGUGGCUUUGUGCCCCUGUGUGUCACAGUGUGGUUUGAGUGGUAGUCCUACCAGUUGGUUAGUAUCUGUGCAGAGUGGCUAAUGCUUAAGUUGCUGAAAGCAGUUUUGUUGUAAUCUAAAUUGUAGUGUAGCUAGCCAACUCCUUUGUCUUAAACCUUGCUGCUUAAAUGCCAAAAGUUCUCUAGCUGAAUUUGGGCUAACCUUGAUAGACUUUGACUACCCACUAUGUAUUUCACCAAUAUUGGCUACUCUCAUGAAAAUAAAAUUAAAAAAUCCCUUCCAGUAGCACCUUAGAGACCAACUAAGUUAGUUACUGGUAUGAGCUUUUGUGUGCAUGCACACUUCUUCAGAAAAUAGUUUAUUUCAUGAAAAUAAUUUAUUUGGCAAGUGGAAAGGUUUCUGUUCAGUUCUCAUCUUCCUUGAUCUCUCUGCCACCCCUUGAUACAGCUGAUCACAAUUAAGUUGUGAUUCCCUUUAAGCCCUAGGUCCUUGAUUCUGUCCUCAGUUGAUUCUCUUCCUAACUGGCUAAUCAUUAUUUAUUUAGAAAAGUAUAUAUAUGUUGCUCUCAGAAAACAUUGGGGUUUUAUACAUCAACAUUAUAGCAAUCCUUUAAAAGCAGUACAGAACAAUCAUUAAAAUGACUGGCUGCUCAAGAAAAUGCUAAGCAAUUGCAUAGGCAUUAAAAAGUCUUUAAGAGAUGCUUGACAGUCAAAAGUAAGGGUGCCUGCCAAAUCACUGCUGCAAAAGUGUUCCACAGCAUGGGACACCAGUGACACCAAAUGACUGACUUCUAGUUGAGGCCAGUCAGACUUCUAACACACAAGAGGAAUGUCUUCCUCUGCUUUCUCAGUUUGUAGGGUUCUGUUUUUGGCCCUCUGCUAUUUCCCUUGGUACAUUCUUUUUGGGUAUCCUCAUCACAUACUGUGGCUUUGCUACCACUUGUAUGCUAAUGCUGUACAGCUGUACCCCCCAAAAAUAUUUAUUUCCCUCCAAUCCCACAUCACUUCUCUGAUAUUUCCACUGGGAUGUGUCAUUGUUGCCAGUACAGUGGACCCUCAGGUUACGUUACCUUUGGGUAACAUAACUUUCGGGUUGCGAAUGCAGCAAACCCGCAAGUGUAUACUUCCAGGUUUCACCGCAUGCGCAGAAGUGUUUUGUCACACCGCGCGUGUGCACAGAAACUUUGUGUGUGCAGUGUGCACAGAAACUAGAUACAGACUUUUCGGGGUACGUACGGACCCCUGGAAUGAAUUAAGUUCGUAUCUGGAGGGACCACUGUACAUCCACAGCCAAACGUCUCAUCUUUCCUCCCGUCUACCAAUCUCAUUUACACUUCCUCUAUUACCCACUUCAUCAGGAUGAAAUCUUUGUUUCUCUUGACUUUUUUUUUUGCUUUUGUCCCAUAUUCAGUCCAUCCACAAAUCAAUGCCACUUCUCUCCAUAUAUUACAGAAUGAUCAUCUUUCUUCAGCAGAAUUUCAGGCCUUGCAAUCUUUUCCGCAUUGGUCUUGGAAGUGGCCUGUAAAAUCUGAAAGCAAAACUUGUGAAGAUUUCAAGAUUGCCUUGUAAACAUGAAGCAAUUUUAUCAUUUCAUAAGUUUGGAAUCUAUAUUGGCAGAACAAUAACCUAUUAAGAAAUCUACAAUCCUAAUGAUAAGCUUCCGUCAAGAGAGGCAAAUGCCAAUGAACAGAUCAUUUAAAAUUAUUUUUAAAAAUUGUAUAUUUGCUUAAAACAAUAAUUGGGAUUUGGCACUUGGGUACACAUCUUAUACAUGACACUUCAUGCUGUUGAAAGUGUAAAUAAACUCCUGUGUUCUCAUUAACAAGUGAAGACUCUUCAUAAUUCUAUAGAUCUGAAUAAAAUAGUCUUUUGCUCCGAUUGGACUCAUUGACUGUAUUUGGACAAUACACUAAACAGGGAUUUUAGUGUUCUUUGGCUUGUGCACUACUUCCCUCUUCCAGUGCAACCUAGAGGAGGAAGUCAAAAGCACUUGUUUUUUAUUCCACCUUGGAGUGGCUUGUUAUGCCCGAACUAGGGCCAAAUGUGGUUAGUUUUAACUCUGGUUGGUUUGUCUGAAUAGGGCAACUUCAGACUGUGGCUUAUGAUGCUGGCUUUGAAUAACCACAAGCCUACCUGUAGCCCCAGAUUGACUUUCAAUACCAUUUUCUCCCAUGCCACACUCACCUAUGACUUCAGGUGUGGGGCAGGUACAGCUGUGGCUCUAGAGCGGCCUUUCUCAACCUGUGCAUCCCCAAAUGUUGUUGAACUACAACUCCCAUCACUCCUAGCUAGCAAGGCCAGAGCUUAGGGGUGAUGGGAGUUGUAGUCCAACAACAUCUGGAGACCCACAGGUUGAGAACCGCUGCUCUAGAGAAACAAUUGGGAGCAUUACCGUGAUCUGCCACUUGUUCCUUUUAGCUCCCAAAUGCAGAUGAUCCUUGACUCUCUUUCAUUGCUGAAUUGAAAUUCAAUGUCAAAUACAAGCCCUCCUUUUGGAAGGGUAAGUGGCAGAAUAUUCUUCUGCGGAAUAAACUUCCUCUGCAGUCCCAAUUUUAAUUAAAUUUGGGGCUGGAAAGUAUCCAGAGUGUACUUUGAGUGCUCUUUGAUUCUUCAGUUGAAGGUGGUUCACAGAUGGUGUUGCAGUUUUGGAUUCAGCCCUCGGGGCCAGAUCUAGUUCCUGACUCCUGAAAUAAACUAUAGUUCAAACUGCCUUUAACAGCCUUAUCAAAUCUGCAACCUUUUGCUUGCAAAGCAAGUGCUUUCCCAUAAAACUCUGGCCUGUACCAUCAUUACAUUUACGAUUGUUUAGUUAUACAUGACCAGUCACUAGCAAAUAGAUUAUGUAUAAUCAUUGCUGUUUUGUCUUGCAGGUGCCAUGGUUCAGAACAGAGUGAGAAUACUGGGAAAGAAGAGCUGAACAUACAGCAUAAAUUGAUUAUAUAG